CUUAGAUCAAGAAAUAGAUCUCAAAAAAACACAAGAGAAAGAGAGAGAGAGAGAGAGAGAGAGAGAGAGAUGAAAGAGUCUCCCUCCAUUCUCACUCCAGUAAAGAAGAGAAUGCUCUCAUGGGCAUUACUACUAGUAUGUUGCCUUCUGCUCACCCCCUCCUCCCCAUGGAAGUGCAGUACUUCAGCAGCAGAAGUGGUGCUGGAGGUGAAGCUGGGGUGUGGAGGAAAGCUGGGGGGGGAGUGCUUGUGGGGGAAGCCAGCAGCAGAAGCAGAGAUGGAGAUGGGGACAGAGGCAGAGGCAGAGGCAGAGGCAGCAAGGAGGGCUCUGUGGGGGGGUACAGGCCAGAAGAGGUACAUCAGCUAUGAAGCUCUCAGAGAAGAUGUAGUCCCUUGUUCUAGAGCAGGAGUCCCCUACUACAACUGCAGAGCACUCCCAAGUGCCAAUCUUUAUGCCAGGGGCUGUGAGAUCAUCACUGGAUGUGCUAGAGAUGCAAACCCUUAACUAAUCACAUAUGGCUUUGGAGAUCUACAAGUGGGCUUAGCUUCUCAAGAAAGAAACAAAUUAAGCAAUUUGUGUACUAGUAGUAAUUGUACUGCUUAAUUGACUGUUUGGUGGUUGCUAGCUAGCUAGCUGGGGAUGAGUUAAAUGGUAUGGGCAUAUAUGGUUCCAAUUGUAAAUUUGGGCUUUGGUUUGGUGUAAAUUGGAGAUCAUGAAUUGGUUAUUUCUCUUGAGCAAUGGAUGAUGAAUAUGAAUUGUUUUUUUACAUUAA